AUGUACUAUUUUAUACUUUUGUUGGUUAAUAACUUGAGUAGUCUGAAGGUAAAGGAAAUGGAUUCGUUCUAUUAAUAUAGUUAAUAAUCUAUUGCAAUAUCAGAAGAUAUCCAAUCAAUUUCAAGUGCCUUUAGAUAUGGAUUAUGGUCAAAAUAUAAUCCUUUAACAAACAUUCUUUAAGUUGGAAAUGUUGGAUUAUUUGAUAGUGAUUGUUACCAUUUACAUAGUGCAAUUGAAGAAUCGACUUAGACUCUUAAUCUAAUAUAUUAUGAUUGUAUAAAUGAUUCUUUAUAGAUGAUCACAAAAACAAUUGCAUUUAUUGAUAAUAAUUAUGUGCAACAUUCAUUUACCAUAGAAAUAAAUCCAUUAGAGUACGAAAAUAUAUGGUAUUUUUUUGAAAUUUUAUAAUGGCCUUUUUAAGAAAGAUUUGAAUUAGUUUUUAUAUAUUAAUAGAAAGUUAUACGCUAAAAUUUGUUAAUUAAAUAUCCUUUUAAGGAUCAAAGCCUAAAAUUAAUUUUUGGAGGGGGAAUGAUAGUAAAACAAUCCUUGAUUGAAACAAUCUCAUAAGGUACAAGGUUUUCAUAUUUUCCUGGAAAAUUAAUAAAAGUUGAAUAUGAAUUUGGAGAGAUUUUGGUGGAUGAAGAUCAGGAAGAAUUAGCAAGAAGGAUUUUUGAACCAUAUAAUGUUUGUAUUUGUUAGGAGAAUAUUAAUUUAAGAGUUUAGGAUAAUAUGAUGAUGACAUAGUUGGAUAAUCAAGUUUUUAUUUCCGAGAAUAUAAACUGUGAUUCUUUUCAACUAUCUGGAUGGUUGAAGAUUACUGAUAUUAUUUAGAGUAUCGUACAAGAUCUCCAAAUAGAAAUUAAGUAACUGUUACGACCUAUAGCUACACAUUUCCAUCAGUCAGUAUAAAUAAUUCUAAUUUAAUUUAAAAAGAAUUUGAUAUUUUGCAUAGUUUAAUUCUUUGGCAAAAGUUCACAAUACAACUAAUUACUAAUUAAUUGAUAAUUAACAUCAAAUUUUAUGAAGAUUAUAAUAUUUAUGAAUAUAGUACUUAAUAAUAAGUAAAUUAGUUUAAGGGUACCUAAUUUAAACUUUAGUAUCGUAAUAUCUAUUAAUCCAAGACAAAUUUUUUAAAUAUUUUAUUAGGAAAUAUGAUAUUUAACAAUUGUGAAACAGAGUAUGAUAUAUAAUGUUGCCAUUAUAGUUGUUCAGAAUGUGAUGGGCCAUAGUAGAAUAAUUGCUUAUCUUGUACUACUUUGAGAAUUUAUUUGCCUAAAUUCAAAGCUUGUGUUUUUGCAAUUCAUACUAUUGAUUAAGAGGAUUGUGUUUCUCAUAUAGAUUAUGGAUUAGAGUUAUCAAAUAUUAAGAAAAAAAUGCCUAGGUGUAAAUUUGGAUAUUUUGAAUAUGAAGAUCUGUGCAUUCCAUGGUAAUUCUACUUAAUUUAUUAACUAGUCCUUCUAUAAUUAAUGAGAAAGUGUCCACUUGUUAAGAAUGACUGUAGAAUCCUAAAGGAUGGAGUAAAAAUUCCUAUUGUGAAAUUGAUUUAUACUUAAAAUAAAAUGGUUCUACUCAAACCACUAUGCGGCAAGGUUAUCAACCAUUUUUUGGUUUUGAUGGGAGCGAUUUGAUUUAUUAUAAAAAUUGGAAUAGUUCCUAUACCUUCCUUGCUAAUGAUUAUGAUAUAAAGAAUGAGAUAAGUGUAAAAUAAGAGGUUUUUUAUCAAAUUUUUGAUGGUUGCUUUAGGAGUAUUAAAAAAAUAGAUGGUUAUCAAUGUGUAUAAUGCUAUUAUACAUAUAAAUGCUAAGAUGGCAAUUGUAUUUUACUUGAUGAAUAUACUAGCUAAUAAGUUUGUUUGCCUCCCUAUUAUCUUAAUUCACAAAGAAGGUGCAAUUUAUGUACUAUUCGAAAUUGUAAACACUGCUUUGAAUAUCAGGUUAAUGACUUAUCUAAAUGCACUCUUUACAAUAACUUUGACGAUUUUGAUCCAGACCAAGAAGUCAAGAUUGGUUGUGCAUUAUUUGAUGACAAUAUUAUUUUCGAUUUUUCUAUUGGUUAAUGCUAAUUUAAGACUCCAAAAAUAUAGCAAUGUUUGAGGUCUUUUAUUUAUGAUGGUUCAGAAGUCUGUACAUUAUCACAAAUUGGUGAUUUUACUUUGGCUCCUGAAAUAAUUAAUUGCCAAAUUAUCAUCCUUACUGUUUACAAUGUAUUUAAUCACCAGAAUUUACGAUAAAAUGUAUCAUCUGUCAGAUCGGUUAUGUUACUUCUCUUAAAACAGGAGGUUGCUAUUUGAGUAAGGAUUUACUAAUGCUAAAAUAUUAGUUGAAGGUGCUAUUAAGAAUGGAUGGAUGCAAAGAAUUUAGGGUUUCAUGAUGUAAUUCCUUCCAAAUAAAUCCUUCUAUUUUCAAUCUAAACUCGAUGGCAGCGUCUACUAAAUGGCACUAGAAUGUCUAGAGGGCUAUAAACUCGAUCAUCAUUUAAGAUGUACUUGGUAUUGUAAUCCUUCAUGCUUGGACUGCAAAAAUGAUUCCGAUACAUAUUAUUGUAACAUUUGUCCUUUAAAUUAAUACUACUAACCUAUCAGAGAAUAAAUAAAUGGGAAAUGCUCUGAAUGCACUCAACUUUGCUCAGUUUGUUAGGUCAGAACUAACGAUGAAAUACAUAUAUUUAUUUCUUUAAAUUUUAGAGCUAAAAGAACAAUUUUGAAAUAAAAGAUAAUAAUCUCAUCUAUACGAAGAAGUGUCUAAGAUCCGCUUAAGAUCCUUAAAUCUAUUUGGAUCCAUACGAUUAAAUUGCAAAAUAUUGUUUCGAUGAAACCUGUUCUUAAAUAUUGUUUUUUAAAAGGGUAAUAGAGAUUUGCUUACCUUCUUAAAUACUGCGGUAGGUUUUGGUAAAUAAUGAAUAUUUGAAUAAAUUAGGNAGUGUCCACUUGUUAAGAAUGACUGUAGAAUCCUAAAGGAUGGAGUAAAAAUUCCUAUUGUGAAAUUGAUUUAUACUUAAAAUAAAAUGGUUCUACUCAAACCACUAUGCGGCAAGGUUAUCAACCAUUUUUUGGUUUUGAUGGGAGCGAUUUGAUUUAUUAUAAAAAUUGGAAUAGUUCCUAUACCUUCCUUGCUAAUGAUUAUGAUAUAAAGAAUGAGAUAAGUGUAAAAUAAGAGGUUUUUUAUCAAAUUUUUGAUGGUUGCUUUAGGAGUAUUAAAAAAAUAGAUGGUUAUCAAUGUGUAUAAUGCUAUUAUACAUAUAAAUGCUAAGAUGGCAAUUGUAUUUUACUUGAUGAAUAUACUAGCUAAUAAGUUUGUUUGCCUCCCUAUUAUCUUAAUUCACAAAGAAGGUGCAAUUUAUGUACUAUUCGAAAUUGUAAACACUGCUUUGAAUAUCAGGUUAAUGACUUAUCUAAAUGCACUCUUUACAAUAACUUUGACGAUUUUGAUCCAGACCAAGAAGUCAAGAUUGGUUGUGCAUUAUUUGAUGACAAUAUUAUUUUCGAUUUUUCUAUUGGUUAAUGCUAAUUUAAGACUCCAAAAAUAUAGCAAUGUUUGAGGUCUUUUAUUUAUGAUGGUUCAGAAGUCUGUACAUUAUCACAAAUUGGUGAUUUUACUUUGGCUCCUGAAAUAAUUAAUUGCCAAAUUAUCAUCCUUACUGUUUACAAUGUAUUUAAUCACCAGAAUUUACGAUAAAAUGUAUCAUCUGUCAGAUCGGUUAUGUUACUUCUCUUAAAACAGGAGGUUGCUAUUUGAGUAAGGAUUUACUAAUGCUAAAAUAUUAGUUGAAGGUGCUAUUAAGAAUGGAUGGAUGCAAAGAAUUUAGGGUUUCAUGAUGUAAUUCCUUCCAAAUAAAUCCUUCUAUUUUCAAUCUAAACUCGAUGGCAGCGUCUACUAAAUGGCACUAGAAUGUCUAGAGGGCUAUAAACUCGAUCAUCAUUUAAGAUGUACUUGGUAUUGUAAUCCUUCAUGCUUGGACUGCAAAAAUGAUUCCGAUACAUAUUAUUGUAACAUUUGUCCUUUAAAUUAAUACUACUAACCUAUCAGAGAAUAAAUAAAUGGGAAAUGCUCUGAAUGCACUCAACUUUGCUCAGUUUGUUAGGUCAGAACUAACGAUGAAAUACAUAUAUUUAUUUCUUUAAAUUUUAGAGCUAAAAGAACAAUUUUGAAAUAAAAGAUAAUAAUCUCAUCUAUACGAAGAAGUGUCUAAGAUCCGCUUAAGAUCCUUAAAUCUAUUUGGAUCCAUACGAUUAAAUUGCAAAAUAUUGUUUCGAUGAAACCUGUUCUUAAAUAUUGUUUUUUAAAAGGGUAAUAGAGAUUUGCUUACCUUCUUAAAUACUGCGGUAGGUUUUGGUAAAUAAUGAAUAUUUGAAUAAAUUAGGCAUUGAUAGUUUGAUUCUUCAAUUUCAUUAUACCAACAGUAUGGCCUCAUGUUUUACUGCUCUUCUUCUCAAUAGCUAGCUUAAGCAAUAAGUUUUUUCACUUAAAUUCCUUCAUAUCAUUGUGAGUUCUAGAAAGGGUUUAAUAUUGUUAGCAUUUAAAAUCUUUUAAUAAUUUUUUCAACUACUAAAGAGAUAAAAUAAAGAUUAAAGAAAAUUUCAUCAAAUAAUGAAAAAAUAUUAUCUGAGAUUUAUUAGGAUAACUAACUUAUUGAAAAUUCUUUAUUUGAAAGCAGAUCCGUUGUAUUAGUGUCACCAGGUAUAAAGAAUAUUUCUGAUGUUGAUAAGCUUGAGUUGAAUUAAAUUAUUAUUCAAGAAACAAUUUCUUUUGCCAUUAGAAACAACAAUUCAAAGACGAACUUAAGUUUGCUUAAUUUUACUUAUUUGGAUACUUAAUUAAAUGAAACCUAAUCAAUCUUUUAAAGUGAAUUAUUUGGUGAUGUGAAUCUGAUAGAUGUUUACCUAAUAAACUUGAGCUUUCUAAAUUCUUCAUUUUUUAAUUUAACAAAUAGCCUAAUUGAAAGAAUUGUAAUUAUAGAGAAUUUUUUUAUUAAAAAUCUCUCUUUUUUUAAUUCAGCCUUAUUUUAAUUUAGCAACAUUUAAACACCUUUAUAUAGAAGAAAGUUCAUUCAUAAAUUCUGA